GAACGCGCAUAAAUAGCACCAGCUCGACAAAAAUAGCACGAGCGGUUGUGGCGGAAUUAAAUCAAAAUCCUGCUUUACUCCAGUCAGUCUGUCACUUGCAAACAGGAUGAAGCCUUGUGGGCCUUUGUGCCUCAGCACUUCGUACGACAUUUGCGUAUAGCCCCGAUCAGUCCAUGUGAUAGACUGAUCGCUUCCGUUAUGAAUAGCACCGAUGCUGAGAAAGGUUGACUCGGCGGAGGUGGGAGUCGACCGAGCCUCUGGUGCGUGGGCCGCUCUGAUUCGCGCGAAGCUGACUUCUUUGUACACGAGACCUCUUGAUUCUCUCGAAAAAAUCAGCAUGACCCGUCGCCUGAUCGUCACGCCUUUACUGAUAUGCUUUAUGGUCGUACGCCACAUUGGCGGGGAUGACCAGUCGCGCGAAGCCCAGCGUUUCUUGCUGAUGUGUGUUCAGAUUCUACUGCCAUGUGUUCUUCAUCCGAUGAUAAAUAUGAGCUGCACGCCUGAGAGUUUUGAUUACAUAGAACCUCCAGACACAAAGGGCGGAUAGAGAGCAGCCCAAGGUACGUCGUGUCAGAACGAGACGUGCUGAGCACAAGGCGGUGCUAUUGCACUGGAGAGAAGCCUGCUGCGGAGACGGCUAAUGAUCGAUCAUCCCGAGAAUGCUUCCAGACCAUGCCGACGUAGAUAGAAGGGCCCGC